AUGCAGCCCGACAGCAGCAGCAGCUCUCACCCCUUCAAGCAGAGGCGGAGCCUUGCCUCCAGGAUGCAGGAAGUGGCCGAGAUCCGCCUGAAAUAUCCCAACAAGAUCCCGGUGGUUGUGGAGCGCUACCAGAAGGAGAAGACUUUGCCCCCCUUGACCAGGACCAAGUAUUUGGUGGCCCAGGACCUGCCCCUGUCCCAGCUCGUGGUCACCCUGCGGACGCGGCUCUCCCUGGCCUCAUCCCAGACCUUCUACCUGCUGGUGAACAACAAGGGGCUGCCCAACCUGUCCAUCACCAUGCAGGAGCUCUACCAGGACAACCGGGAUGAGGACGGCUUCCUCUACCUGACCUAUGCCUCCCAGGAGAUGUUUGGGUGCUCUUCCUCCAUCCAUCCAUCAGCCAAGCCUGUUCUUGGGGAUGCUCCUCUCGGGCCCCUGAUGCUGGUGAGGUUGGGGCUCCCAGCGUGGCAGAGGAUGGGGUCGGUUUCCUUGGAUCCACAGGGAGGUGAUUCCUCAAACAGGGCUUUGGGACCUAAGCACAUCCCUUGA